CUCUUAUGGGUCUCUGUUAAACUGAGCCAAAAUGAGUGCACAGCUCUCAGCACAAGAAAUUAGGAUUGUCCUUAUAGGUAAAACAGGCGUUGGGAAAAGUGCUACUGGUAACACCAUCCUUGGAAGAGAUCAUUUUCACAAAGCAGCAAGCUCUAAGUCUGUGACGAAGCAAUGCAGUUUGGCCACCACUGUUUUUGAUGGGUUAACGAUCACAGUUGUGGACACUCCAGGCUGGUGUGACACAGAGCUCUCCGAGGCUGAGCUCACAGAGGCCACGGUGAAAUGCAUCGACAUGUCGUACCCUGGUCCUCAUGUCUUUCUUUUCAUCCUGGCGAUUGGCAAUCGCUUCACAAACGAAGAGAAGCAAACAGUCCAGCAGCUACAGGAGAUCUUUGGGGAAGGAGCUACAAGAUACACAUUGAUUUUGUUCACAAAGGGGGAUGCCCUGGAGGACACAACCUUUGAGGACUAUCUGAGAGAGGCUACAGCAGAUCUCAAAGCCUUAAUUGACAAAUGUGGAGGCAGAUGCCAUGUUUUCAACAAUAAAGAUAGAAGCUAUUUACAAGUGUCCAAACUCCUUAAAAAGAUACAAAACAUGGUUCAGGACAAUGGCGGUGGAUGCUACACCAACUCAACGUACCAGCUACUGGAGCAAUAUAAGAGAAGAGAGACUGAGCUACAACGGAAAGCUGAAGCUGCUAGUAGAGAGAUGAGAGCCAGAGAGGCUGAGUUUCAAAGAUUGAUUAAUCUCAUGCAACAGGAGCAGCAGCGCCUAAGCCUAAGAGAAACACAGCUGCAUGAACAAAUGACAAAAAACAACCUCAUUAUGGUUACUAUGCUGGAGCACAUGCAAAUUGAAAGACAUGAGUGGAGACAAGAGGAAGAAAGGACACAGAAAGCAUUGCAUGCCCAGGCUGCAGAACAUCAAAAGUUGAUGGAGCUAGAGAGGCAAAAACAGAGAGAAGAGCAGUUAAAACAUCAACAAUACAUGGAGAAGGAGAAGUUAAAGAGAAAAAAUGAAGCGUCUCAUCAUAGUCAGAGAAUGGAGACGGAGAGGCAGAGGUUUGAAAGAGAGAAGCAAGAAAUAUCAAAAACAAUUCUUCAGCUGGAACAACAGAAACAGAGGAGAGAGGCUGAAACGCAAGAAUGGUUACGGGAAAACAUUAGAAAAAAGAAAAACUGUAUUAUUUCAUAA